UCACAGCAAUUCUCAGCGCUGACUGAAGUGCUCUUCCGCUUUCUGACGGAGCCCAAGGAGGUUGAAAGGUUUCUGACUCAGCUCUCAGACUUUGCCACCAUGAAUAAAAUCAGCUUGGGCCCCCUGAAAAACAUUGUCAAAAGUAUUCUUCUGGUACCUAAUGGUGCCCUCAAGAGGAAUUUGUCUCCUGAACAAGUCAGAGCAGAUUUUAUUGCUCUAGGCCUCAGUGAAGAGAAAGCCAGUUACUUUGCAGAACAGUGGAAGGUGAAUUCCCCCACCCUAACACGCCUGGCUGUUGGUCAGACGCUGAUGAUUAACCAGCUGAUAGAUAUGGAGUGGAAGUUUGGAGUGACUGCUGGGAGCAGCGAACUGGAAAAAGUGGGAAGUAUCUUCUUACAGCUGAAGCUGGUGAUUAAAAAAGGGAGCCAAAUGGAAAACAUCUAUAUAGAGUUAACUUUGCCCCAGUUCUACAGUUUUCUGCAUGAAAUGGAACGGGUCAAAACCAGCCUGGAAAGCUUCAGCUGAAACCACAAGGGCCUGAACCGAUGUCUGCCCAGGAUGUUUAAUUUCUCCUUGUGGGCCGGCAGAUCUGCUCUUCCCAGCUGGCCCAACCACCCUGAUAAGAGAAGACCAGGCUGCACAACAGGCAGUGGUGUCACGGCCCAGAACAACUCAUCAAUCCUUCAGAACCUGAAACUUUGCCAAGUGUUUUGGAACAACCACAAGUCCGCUCAUCUCCCUUUUUUUUUUUUUAUACUACUAUGAGAAAUUGUGGUCAGAAAUACAUGGAUACUUGUAUUAAAAUAGCAAAGAAAUAAAAUCAUUCCCAUCC